UGGCUACGUGGUGGAAGAUCAAUUGAUGAUAUGAAAAAUCUUAUACUCAGUCCUCGUGGGGAAACGCUGAUGAUUUUGAAAGCAAAGAGGGCUGAUGCUGGAAGCUAUUCAUGUGUUGCGAAGAACCUUGCCGGCGAAUCGGAAGCAAGUUUCACGGUAACGGUGUUGACACGUCCUCAUAUCGACGAGCAGAUCGAUCAGACUCCGAAAGUUGUUCAAAAUCACGAUAUUACUCUUCAGUGCCCAAUUAGAGGCAAUCCGAAACCGAAGGUAAAAAGUGUUCAACGAAUUUGA